AUGCCCGGACGUGACGGCCUGCGACCCCGGGACGCCGCCCUGUGGGAGGGCUCGGUCACUUUCCGGAACCGAGCAGACGUGCCUCCAAGAGAGCCGCAAAGUCUGACUCACGACAUAGACGAGGAUGCACCGUCCAGCUCUGAAGAUCGUGCCCGUGCCCGUGCUCGAAAGGAAACCAUCCCGUCCAAGUCGACUGCACGGCUACAUGCAGCAAGGAAGCCUCAUCUCAACCGUGCGGUCAAGGGCAGGAAGCAUGUCCACGAAACCCACCGAGGGAAGCCGCUUCCCGGGGAGGACAAACAUGAUGACUCUCUCUCCGUGGUGAAGUACAACGACAGCCCGUCGUGGCUGCUGGAACCCGACGGCGAGGAGAUCAAUCCCCUGCUACCCUCGCCGUUUCCCAAUGAUCUUGUCAGAAGACACAUGCACAGUCUGCCCGAAGUGCUGGCCAAGCUGGUCUCAAAGGCCGCUCUAAGUGCCCCCUAUGGCCGCGCUUUCUCGAGCGAUCUCAUGGCCUCACUCUCGAUGCACCCGGCCCAACUCCACGCCAUGAUGUUUGCGGUGAUGGUCCACGAUCGCAUCCAGCAAGGUAUCAGCAAUCCAACCGCAACGGAGCUCAUGGUCGGCACGGAAGCCAUCCGUCAUCUCAACAAGGAGAUCAGCAGUCCGGACCCUGAUCGAGCACUCUCCGACUCGAACAUCUGGGCCGUUCUGGUGCUCGCGUACUCGGGAAGGGAGGACAACCUGCGAUCCGCGCAGAGUUACCCCCGGCAGAGCUUCCUGCGGGAGCUGCAAUCCAUCCACAUCUAUCUGAAGAUGGACAUUGUGAUCGAGCAUGUCCUCGGCCUGGUCAAGAUGAUGGAGCUGCUGGGAGAUUUGCGGAAGAUCAAGACCCCCGGAGUCGCGCAAACCGUAUCGUGGGCCGGUGUCAUGGGUGCCGUCCGCAAUCUCACGCGACCGAUUUUCCCGUUCGUGUCCCACACGACGACCUUCGUCCAGGAAGACGGCCGCCGGCUCGCGGUAUCGCAGCACGAACGCGAGGCCGUGGAAAAAGACCUAGGCCAGUUGGGCACAGGCUUCUGGCAGGUCUGGAGCUUGGACGCCGCCUCCUCCACAGCAGCCUGGUACCUAGAUCGUCUCUCCGAGGUCAUCCGAGACAUGGCCGACUUCACCGUCGUGGUCGAGAACCACGCCAGUGGACGAUGGAUACCCCGAACGUCGCCCGAAAUCAUCGACCAGCGAAACUAUGUACAGCAUAAAUUGAUGUCUCUGCAGCCAGAGGAGGCAUUGGUCAUCGAGGACAUCGAUCCACAGUACGAGAGCUGCCGCCUCGCCUGCAUCGUCUACUCGUUUCUCGUGGUAUUCCCCGUCCCCCCAGUCGUGGGACCCUUUGAAACCCUCGUGGAGAGGCUGAAGCGCGCUCUACAAGUUACAGACUGGACAGUCUUCAACGGCUCCAGGCUGCGACUACAUUUGUGGAUACUGAUCAUGGGCUCGAUCGCCUCCAUCGGACUGCCGGAUCGCCCGUGGUUCCUGCUGCGAGUCAUGGAGGUGCUCGGGGAGGUGGGCAUACGGAUACAAAACUGGAAGGACUUGAAAGCGUUGAUGAAGACAUUCCUGUGGCAUCCGCGGACCAGUGACUUUGAUGGACUUGACGUUUGGAAAGCGACUCAGCAGCAGGCAGACAUCCAGGAUGUAGCACAAUGA